AGACCAGUUUAGCUGGCCUGCCUGCCUGCCAGAGCUCUGCAGAUUCAGGAUUGGCUGCACAGAGGUCCUCAACGCAAACCAGACAGCAUUUUGACGGUCGAUGGAAGCAUAUUAGGCGUGCACAUCGAUUCAUAUACACAGAGGUAUGUCAAAUCAACAUUGUGGAGAGUUUGUGAAAGUUUGAUUUUUUGUUUGCGUGCCUGUGAAAAACUGCGGAGCGGAAACUCUUGAGACCCGAGUUCGGUUUUCAGGCAAACAAGAAGUUGUCAUCUUCCAGAAAGCAUCUGGGACUGAUUCUAGCAGGGUUUGAGAAUGAAUUGAGACUUAAUGUUUACUUCACCGUCUAAAGAAACUGUUAGUGGUUUAUAAACAUCUUGCAAAGGGGUACAGAGAUCUGGCGGGGGGCUUGGCAACAUGCCAUGGUUUGUCUUUUAUUCCACUUACUGAUGAUGAUUAAUGUGGGGUUUGUUUGGACUGAUUUUUAUUUAUAUCUCUCCCAUUAAUUUCUCAGUAUGUUUCAUGGGAUCUGGGUUAACACUAGAGAGCUGCAGGGAGAGGAGGGGGGAAAGCCGGAGGAAAAGGGCUGUAGUGUUUUCACAUAUUUGGGUUGUAUUUCAAAGAGCUGAGGAGGGAGCGGGGACCACUGUUUGGUGCAUUCACAUCUAAACAUAAAUACUUCUGCCUUCAGAUGGAUUAUACACAGAUUUCAACUGCCAAAGUGGGACAAAUAAUUUGUACACAGAUUUGUGUGUGUGUGUGUAUGUAAGUGUGUGUGUAACCUGUUAGACAGAAUGCCAUUUGGCUGUGAGCACACACUCCACACUCAGACACCCACUGACUCUAAGCUGUCUGAGCUUCUAUAAACUUAAUGUUUACCUCUGUGAAUAUUUAGUAGAAAGCUGUUUACACUGACUGAUGCAUUCAGAGUUCAUUCAUGCCUUUAUGACAUUUUCUGAUUGAAAACAAAGUAAUGGAGCAGCACCUCCUCCCUGUCCACUGACCUUCACACCAGAUGUGUCGAUACUGUCUCUAGUUUGUCAAAGCCAAACUGGACCAGUUAAAGUAUGAACAUACUGCUUCUCCUUGGAGCUGCUGAUUCAUUUGUCUUUUUGCAUAGUGUACAAGUGUAUGAGUCUUACACAUUGGAUUUAUCCCUCUCAACCAGAGGGUUCCCUCUUACUGGCUGAUAUGGAAGAUGCAGUCAGUCAUGGUUGAGGCCUUACCUAUAUGGUUACAUAUAAAUCCUGUGCAUUGAAGUUGCUGUCAUUGAGUGUCUCACAGUAGAACUAUUUCCUAGUUUUUUAUAUUUUCUUUGAUUUUGGGUGCGAUCAUAUCAUCAAAAUGGAAAUACACUAUAGGUCAGAAACAUGGUUUUGUUGCAGUCUUGGAUAAUGGGUGAAGAGUUAGAAGACAACUUGUUUCAGUUUCGUCCAAAUAAGCUCACUACAAAGAUAUGACCUGCAUCACGCUAACUGCUCAGUAACCUAAAACUGAAGGGCUUAAAGGCAUAUUCCGGCGUAAAAUUAAGUUAGGGUCAAAUACACUGUAACACAGAGUUAGAACCCCCUCAAGAGAUGAAUGUUGCUGACCACUUGCUCUCUAGUUAGACAAACUUUAGGAACGACCGCAGGAUAGCAAUACACAAACCUCAACUUAAAAGCCACUGUAUAGCUACAAAUGAUGUUCAGAACAGCACCUAACUUCAUCAACAGUACAUAUGGGGUUCUAGCCACAGUACUGGCCUCCAAACAUCUUUUUUAACUUUGCCUAAUUUCUUUAGCAAAGAGGCUAAACACAGCUCACCCACUCUCUUCCAGCAGCCGCUUGUUUGUAGCGAGACCUUGGGCCAGUCCAUUACGGACUGCUGCGGGGUGACACAGCUCAAGAAAGAACAUUUAUGAUCAUUUCUUUAUCAUUUCCCUGAAGUAAUAAUCAAUUUCAAUCAAAGUAUUAAUCAUUUUGCACUGCAGACGCAAUAGUAUUUCUGCCUUAGCAUCUCGGUCUGAUUGCAUUUCCAUGAAGAAAUGAUGGUGUUAUGGUGUGUUUGACCCUCAAUUAAUUUACGCUGGAAUAUCCCUUUUAGUCAAAGCAUGACAGGAAGAAUUUGGAGGUGGGCUAGUCUUCUGCUUUAUAUGUGCCAGGAGACCAUGUUCAUGCUCUCCAAAAAUACACUCUCCAAAAUAAAAGUUUGCAAAUGUUAAGUGCCCAUGCUUGUCACAGGUUUUUAUUGAUUGGUUUAUUUAUGUGGGUUUGCACAGUGGUGCAGUGGUUGGUGCUGUUGCCUCACACUGAGAAAGAAGGUCACCAGUUCAAAUCCCAGGUCAGACAGAGGCUUUAGGGUUUACAUUCACCUGGUGUCAGGUGAAUUGGGCACUAUGAAAUUGCCCUUAGCUAUGCAUGCCCCUCGCUCAGAGACAGCUGGGAUUGUGACCUCAGAAGGGAUAAGGGGUAAAUCUUAAAAUGAAACGUGUCCAUGUCACACCCUAAUAUGGCUCAUUGAUUACAAAGAUUCAUCCAUUGAAACUGAUCUAUGGUGAUGCUUGGCCAAACUAGACCCACUGCCAGACAUCUUCAAUAAGCUGACUGAAAGGAUUCAGAUCAAAUCAGCGCACACAUACACAGCUGCUUGUGAGGUGAUAGUGUGUUCCAAAUAAGCAAAGUAGUCAGAGUUAUGCAUCAUAAAUCUUAUGUAAAGCUGGCUGGUGAUGUUGAAACUUACUUUCUUAAGGACUUGAAAGCUAAGAUCUGAGGUGUCAUGGUGUAUACAUCUCCUCACCCCCAGGACAUAUGGAGUGCUCAUCAACAAGAUCACAAGAUACAACCUGGGAGGCAUUUUCCACUCAGUUGCAUGAAGCCGCAUUGAAAGACUCAUACAUUCACUAAAUUCAUGUUAACAAAUAGACAAAAUGUAAGACAGCUUGCCUUUUGUUCUUGUGAGAUUUAUCACUUCUCUGCUACAGCCCUUGAAGGUCUCUUUUUAAAUUUAGGUUUAUUAUGUCAUUUAAGAAACAAUCUAUACACUUAGGUUUCUUGAUUUUUUACUGAGAUGACUCUUGUGUGCUGGCUGUCACCUGGCAGCAGCUCUGUAAAGAGACUAAUUCUUGAAUCUCAUAUCACUGUUUAACAAAAAAAAAAAAAUGGAGGUUUUAAUCAGUAUACAUUAGAGUGGAGGAUCUGCAUUUAUGAGCUGGUAUAGCCUCUGUUUUUGGUCUAAUUCAUGUGCUUUGUCACAGAACUAGUUUUAGGUCAUUGCAGCCCUGAGUUCUUAGCAUACCUUCGUGUCAGUAAGGAAAUGAGGGGCUGGUUGAACCUCUUCUGUGUGUCCCUGCCCUCCAUUUAUUCAUAUUUCUUGUGAGUCAGUUCAGACUUGAUUUUGAGAGCCCCUCAUCAGCUCCUAGAUUAGAGUUUGAAAAGAACCGCUUCAGUGUUAAGCAUGUGGCAUGGUCAGAGGGGAGCAUUUGCAUUUGUUUAGCGUGCGUGGGUAGUAGCUGAAACAUAACGCAAUACUGUGCUCUGUCUUUGUGCUCCGCUCUGUUUCCUGUGUUAAGCAUGUGAUCCUGACAUAUCUCUGUCCAUCUGACACUCAGACUCAUGACCACGUGCCUCAUGUUUUCUGAAUGCAGCAGGUCAGAGUCAUCAUCAGAAUCAGCUCUAAUUUAAUCUCAAGUGUAGUAUGGUCAGCAAAUAACAGAUUUGUUAAAAUGAAACAUUGCAUUAAUGUACACAUUGGAUUAUUAGAUGUAUAUUCUGAAAUCCAGAUGCAAGAGAGCUAUCAAUCAUUCUUGUUAUUUCUUGUUUAUUUCAAUCAUUAGAUCAAAUGGUUUUUUUAGCAAAGUUCAAGCUCUUUAGUGACGUUUUCUGGCACCUCUGCUUGGCCUACAUUUAAUGAGUCAUAUGCAGUGUGGUGCAAGAUCACAAAGCAUCUGAAGUAACUGACAGCAUGCAGGCGGGUUGUACUAAUGCGCAUGUGACUGUGAUAUACAGGAAGAAGAGUAUACCAGUUCUCUUCUUCUUCUUCUUCUUCUUCUUCUUUACCAUGCUUCCCUUCUCCUCCAUAGUUAUGUACACAACCUGAUGAAACUUAUUACAGUUUGCCCUCUCAGUUUGUGUUAAUGAUGUGGAUUAACACAUACCAGGCUGUCUUACAAGACAAGAAAACAGCAAGAAAAACCUGACCCUGAUUGGACUUUUCCGAGUCAGUGCUGUUGCUCAUGUUGAUAGGAAAGAGGAAAUAUUUAGAAUAUUGAGACACAACUUGGCUGAUGUUGCUGAACCAGUCUGUUGUUUAGAUAUGUUUGAGAUGGGGGAACAAUUAUCCCGUAAAGCAAAGGUAAAAUAAGCAUUCUGAGGAAUGUAUAGGCGGUGAAAUGGAGCAAACACACUGCAGUCAAGCCAAAGGUCCUGAGAUACCGAUCAGUUAAAGCUGUUUUUAUAAGUGCGAGGGGAAUUAACAGACCUGAUUCUGAUUUGAUUUGCCCAUGCCAGCACACAAUGAUUCAAUGAUACUGUAGCAUUUAAAGCAGACAUGCUCUUCCCACUUUGGAACUGUUGAUAGUUUCCUUUUGUUUCGAUUGGUGUUCAUUUAUUAAGUCUCAGUAUUCCUUCGUCAGUUGAGAGACAGACCAAUUAACCGUAGAAGAAGCCUGAAUAUCUAAUUCAGCAGUCUGAAAACACUGCGUCAUGAUGUAAUGUGCUAAAUGGAUCUCAGAGAGAUCACAUUCCCAGAAAAGAAAUGCCCUCUGGCAAAGGCAGACAAGAGUUGCAAAGACUGACAACACUCACAAUGAAAACUGCCUCUUCUCAUAAGCAGCCGAGUGCCUGGAAAUGUAAUGUGAUGUAUUGCACAGUGUGUAACUCUGUCCAAAUAGUACAACUUAGCUGAACAUUGAAAAACUGUGUUUUUGUAACUUACUGCAUUUCCUUUGUCUGCCAAUUUAAGGUCAAACAUAAACCCUGUUUAAAGUCUUUUAGCAGGAUGUUGAUGUGCUUCUGUGAUCUCAGUGUUUCCUUUUCUGUCAUUUCACCAGUUGUAGUUCCAGUAAUGCCAUGCCUCACAAGGCUCGUGUAGCUUUACAUUUAACAUCAAAUGAUAUAGUGCUUGGAUUUCUCUUGAUUCAUUGACAAAUCAAAAAGCCAGGUUUUUUAGAUAUAUUUUGUAAAUGGAGGUAGCAGCUCAGACAUGUUUUUCCUUUCAGAGGACUGGAGCCCUGUAAAGACAAACAGCUGAGUUCAGGGGAGAAAGCCAAGGUGUGUCUUUAAAAUGCAGUUCUGCUGCUGUAGUUGGCUGAAAAGAGGAGACCAGAAGGACGGUAUUGAAGUGCAGCCGAUGGUGUGUUGGCAGACCGCCGCUGAGUGUGUUGCGAGGCAGGAAGUGUGACAUUGAGAGUACAGGAAGUGGCUGCUGUGUGGAGCUAUGCUAGCCCUUUAGUCCAGCCGCUUCAAGGGCUGGGAUCAAUUCACUUUCAGUGAAACAGAAACAGCUUUUCAUUUUGUAACAAUAAACAUUUGGAUGGCUUUCCUUUUUUAAACUUUUUUUUUUCUUCAUCCAAAAGAAAUGUUUGAGUGCUCUCAGACUUUGCUGGAUGCAAAACUGUCCCACAAGAUUAACCUCUUUGUUUGGUAAAAGAAUCAGAGAUAAAUUCAGCGAAGUCCAGUAUACUCUGUUACACUAACGAUUGAAGUAACGUUUAAGCAUCUGUUUUAGCCUAUUCUCUUUGAAUUUGCAGAUGCAGAGAUAUCAGAAUAACAGGAUUCACCUUUCAGUGUCUGGUAACUACUUUCAGGUCAUGCUUUACUUCUUCAUUGUGGUUGUCAGUGUGUGCAUGUUUUCACACACAGUCAUAUGUCAACCAAACUGGUCACUGUUUGUUCAUACUCUGUAGGUGUAAAACUCUUUGGUGUUCUGCUCUAGUGUCUCAUCCACUUCAUAUCCUUUACUCAGGAUGAACAGAGGAGGUUCUGUGUGUGUAAUGGAUCAUCAAUCAUUGUCAUCGUGAUCAAGGGUGUCACUGAUGUUUUAACAUUGCAGUCUUAUAACACUCAGAUACUCAGUGAUCAAGCAGGGCGUUAUGUUGAUUGAAUUACUGAAAAGAUCUUCACGGAUAUUUAUUGUUAAACUUUGUGGCAUGCUCCAUGUUUAAUCUCUGUGCCUGUGGGAACCCCAGAUGCCUCCUCCCACUCCUGCCCCAGGUGCGGAACUGAAAAAGAGGAAGUGGUGUGCAUAUGUGUAUGUGUGAGGCGCAUGUGUUGAAGCGGGACUUCUCUGAAUAUGAGAUGUGAGUUGAGGAAGAGGAAUCAAGAAGUUCUACCCAGUGCAGAGUGUUUUUUGAGAGGAUUUUUUUAGAUGCUGCUAAUCUUCCACUUCUGUCUGGUUUCAGCUGUAUGUGGCUGCUCUUCUCAUUUUGCCUUUGUAUGAGGAAUGAACUGAGGUGCUUCUUCUACUACCUUCUGAACAUACUGCUGAUUCUUCUAUGGACACAAAUUGAGUAAGUCGGCUUACAGGUUUUCACCAGAAUUUGAAGAUGUUGGAUCAUAUUUAACGCACAUCUUUAGUCUUUUGACUUCUUCUGCAGCUUUGUUGCGCCUGUAGCUGAUAGGUAUUGAGCAGUAUUAAUCAGCCUUAUUUAAACUGUCUGAAAUGGUUGCCUGUGUGUUAAUCUGAUGUAUUUAACAAACAUACUGUAAAUCCUAAAACAGUCAAUACAAGUCUGAUUCGAAUUACGGAGUAGUAGACUGGAAAAAGCUGUUGUCGGACACAUUUUCUUUCUACAAUAAUCGUUUAAAUAUGGAAAAUAAUAGGGAACAAAAACAGAGAUGUGGAAUGUUUUUAAGUACUUACAGAAAAUCCAAAAAUACAAUAGUUUCUUUUCUAACAUGUGACUUCAAGUCUUAUUUCCUCUUACAAAACAAAACUUUUUUAUCUCAUGUGUAUCAUUUAUGGUUUGACCCCUCUCUGGUAAAUCCAGCUCUUGGUCUGCAGAUAUGAAAACCAAAGUAAUGUGAGAUAAUACUUUUCAAUAUUGUGAUAUCAAUGAGAAGCGCAGUAAAUGAACGUACAUUAUAGGGUGCAUGUGUUUUUUUUAACCUUUAUUUAAACAGGAAAGUCCCAUUAAGAUUUAAAACCUAUUUUGUGAUUGCAGUUAAAGUAACUCAGUUAACAUUGUCUAUCUGCUUUUUCACAUUUCCUGUGUGUUCAACAUAUCUCCUUAAUCCAAGUAAGAUCCAAAUAGAAGUUUUCUCAUUAUUCAGUUGUUAACAAUGAAUCUGUGGUUAUCUCACUGCUGGCAAAAGCCUCCAUUAACUGCAUCAAAAUGGUUUAGAAACAUGACUAUGUGACCCAAGCCUCCAUCUGAGGGUGGUAAUGGACAUGCUGAGUGAGAAAACAUCUACUGUACACAUAAAGCGUUUCCUCAUUAGUGGCAGUAAAUGAAGAUUUUGCUAUGUGUUUACUGUAAAUCCUUGAAUUGUACUGUCAACAAAGUUGCCAUUGCAACUGUAAGACGAGAGUCUUGUUGAAGAGUGAAUGUUGUGAUCAUUGCAGUUCCUCUUCAAGAAUAUCAAGGGAGUUUCCUUGUCCUUCACAUCUGUGAAUGUUUCUGUGGAGUUAAAAAAAGAAUGGUGGUUAUGAAUACAUGCAUAUCUGUCAUUAUCUAAUCCCCAAGUCCACAGAUAAGUCAGAGGUCACUUUCAGCUAAUGUAACAGCAGAGAAAGCUGUUUAACUGAAGUUUGAAGCAAGUAAAACCAUUACCACAUACUACAGUAUUUGUAGCUCAAGCUAAUUUGCAAUGCCUGUCCCUAGCCGGGCUUUUAAGAUACAUAAAAUGCCAAAAACACACCAACAGUAACAACAUUAAAAUGGCAACAAAUUCACAUAAAACAAGCACAACAUUACAAGGACAAAACACAGAGGCCUUAAAAAAAACAUUAUCAUACAGUGGUACAGGGUAUCACAGUUAAGCUUCAAUGUCUAUAUUUGAUCAAAAUGUUUGGACAUGGACAUGCAGCUUUUAUGUUAAUGUCAGUAUUAGUCUGCAUGAACUCUUUUGAUGUCAUUGUGCAGAAAAAAAACCCUAUGUAUAUUAGAACUGCAGCAUUAGAUUAUUAACAUACAUAUCAAACAUGUUACUGAUGUGGAUGUUGUUACAGUUUCAGAGAAAGAAAAGAUUUAUUUCUUAAAAACAUGUUUAGCAGUUAUUUCAAGUAAUAUAGAGUGUUAAAUUAUCCUAAUCUGCUGGUUUGACCUCCUUUAUGUGGAGCAAAAAUGAAAGGCUCUUGUAUAAGUUAAAAAAGGAAGCAAGGAGCACUUUAUAUUUUUUUAACUUACCAAAAUAACUCUAAUUGAAAUGAAACCUGUCAGUUUUGUCACCAAGGAAAUCCCACAGACUUUCACAGACUCCUAUAUUAUACAGAGUUAGUUACAGUUAUACUAAAUUUAACAAGAAGUAAGGGGUGUUACAAGGCUGUUGUUUUCAUCAGAAGUGGUUUGUGUUGUUGAGGAAAACCUAAAAAACAAAAGUGAAAAACUAAAAAAUUGUCAUACUGGUCAGUGAUUUGAUCCUGGAUGCACCAGAAGCAUCUGCAUAAUGUACGUGCACAGGAACCGCUUAUAGUUUGUUAAAAACUCAGAGUCCAUUUUAGUCCCACCAGGUUACACAACAUUUAAAUCAAGAGAGGAAAAACACAGACUGUGUUAACAGACAGGACACACUCAAAGACAUCCUUUAGUCAAGAGAAUAAAGACACUGGAGCUCACCUGUGAGCAUUUCAGGAUCAAACCGUGUUCAGCAUUAAUUUGUCUGUUGAAGAGAUAAAAUUAAUCUGCUGAGUUGAGGCCUUACACAGCAGCUCGAGAACCACAUCUGUUGCCAGAUACAGCUGCUGUGUUGGAGUGUGUGUGUGAGCAAGUGCCUGUGAAGGCACCACAGGAUGUUAGCUUAGCCACUCAGCAGUGUUUCUGCACAGCUGACACAUUUAUGACUACUCUAAGUUGCGUUCAAAAUAUCUGAAAUGAUUUUCUUUGCUCUUGAGUCAGCUCACGUUUCAGCCUGAAACAGCAGCUGUAAAGUUUCUUGAUGAGCUGAUCUCAGAGUGUUGUUUCUCCAUGUUUCUGGAGCCUUCAUGUUAGCUCUUGAGCUGUGUUAGAGCUUGGGCGGAGUUGUCAAAGUGAUGGGAGGUUUCUACUUAAUGAUAUAUCCACUCCAACCCCUCAUCACCUCUGAGAAAACCACGACAUGUUUCCACAUUGAACCAAAGCUUUCUAAAAGUUGUUCUGUCAGAGAUUAUUUGAAGAGAACUAAACUUACUCCUUUUUGCCCUCUGAUUACUGUUUCCUGGGCCUGCAGCAGUUCAAGCCAGGGUGGCAUGUAGCUUUUGACACUAAGUAUUGGUGCUGUUAGGAAUGAGCAUGAUUAAUCAAUGAUGGAUUAAUUGAUGGUUAAGAAUUACAUUGAUCACGGAGAAUUUCAACCAAUCUAACAUGAUUAAAAAAGGGCUGACAGCGUGCGUCCAUCCUCCAACUGCUUUCCAGCGAAGAUCAACCUCUACUGAUCAGGAGGGAUACCCUCUUUGUCCAGUCAGUGUGUGUGUGUGUGUGUGUGUGUGUGUGUGUGUGUGUGUGUGUGUGUUUGUUUGUUUGUUUGUUUGUUUGUUGAAGCAAUGCAUUUUACAAGGGGAGUGAUAAAGUGUCAGCGGGCUUCCCUAAAAGUUGAAAAAAAAAACAUGAAGAAAGCAAGAUGAAGUAUGGUGUGGGACUAUUUUGAACGGAAAAAUGAUGAGGUUCGCUGCAAACACUGCGAUGCCAAUGAUAUACCACUUGAACCACAGACUGAGGUUAAUGAAUCCCCCAAGUGCUCUCAGUUUCAACCUACCACCAUAGCCUUGCUAGCAAGGAGGAACUGUAGGGUGACCAGAAAUCCAAGGUUUCGGGGGACAGUCCGUGUUUUGGACGACCUGUCCCCAGCUGAAGUUGUCCCCGAAAACUUCCUGAUUUUAGGAUUUCAUGGGGCGAGGGGGGUGUUUCAAUGAGGAAAAACAUGUUUUUUGCAUAUUUUUUUGCUGUUCACAUAGUACAAUGAUCAAAUCGAUGAUUGAUCGUUAAUCUAUAUGAUUUAUUGAUCGAAGGACUUUCUUAAAAUGCUCAAUCGUGCUGUUGUUCUUUUCAAAUUACAGCUAAAUUUAUACUUAACCAUUAACCUAAACAUUUAGAUACGCUCAAGUAUGUGAGAUAAUCAGCCAUGGAGUUUAUUAACAUGAAUAAAAUUAUGCAGACUGCAUUGAAAUGAGAAUACACCAUUCACAGAAAAUUAAUUAACAUGUGAGUUCUUAACUUUUCCUCUAUGUUGAGAUUGUACAUGUGUGAGUGUGCGUGUGCAGUAUCUAAUGAAGUUGAGGGGCACAGGAGGCUCAGUGGCAGGAUGAAGAAGUCUUUUUAUGGCCAUUUGUAAACUGAAACAUAUGUGGGGCUUUUCUUUGCACAUGUGUAAGUGGUUGUGUGUGUGUGUCUUUACAGUGUCUCUUCAAAGGAUCCCCACCCGAACCCCUAGUAUCAUCUUCUCUGUUUCCCUCCACCUCUACUCUCUACUCUCUCUCUCUCUCUAUCAAAGGAGCCAUUGUAGAUGCUUUGCUAAUAUUAGUCAGUGUGCGUGUGUGAGUAUAAGAUAGAGGGAGAGGGGGCAGUGAGGGAGAAGUUGUGUCUUGCAUUUUAAAUUUCAACACACAGGCUUGUUUCCUAUGGCGGAAGUCAAUGUUUUUUUUUUCUGCCUUCACUGAGGGCUGCUUCAGUAUCAUCAAAAAAUGUUGCACCAGCUGACUGAGAGCUCUAAUCUCCUUUGUUUCAGUCUGUACACUUUCAUGUGUUUUUGAGUUGUUUGUGUUAUUUAAGGGUGACUGCUUCUAAAGUGAUAACUGCCAACCAUGCAAAAACAAGCAGGGGGUUUUCCAUUACAGCCCUCCCCCCCUGCAGCACAUGAGAAAGUCAAACUCAUUGACUCCGGUCUUCCUGCCUGAUUUUAUCUGCCUGUUUAACAUCUGCAGUCCCCUGUGUCAUGUCAUCACUGCUGCUGGAAAUGAGCCAGUGUUAACUCAUAUGUCCCAACCAAAGCUACUGAAUUCCUUCAGUCUUGUCCAUGUGAAUUUCAGCACCAACUAAGAUUUGACUGUGUUCAUUUCAAUCCUAGCCAUCCUCUAUUAGCUAGCCAGUAGUUAGGUUAAGCAUGGUCUGCUGAAAUUGUAUGAAUUCAGCAUAGUUAGAAUUUAAAGCGUCGACUCAGAGCAAAGUGAUAAAAAUACAUUUCACAGUCACAGAGAGUUCAAUUGUGGUACAGGCUGAGCAGAAACAUCUGCCGCCAUAAGCACAGUGGAAACAUGCAUGUGCAUUUAACUUUGAAACUUAAAAUCUGCAAGUGCGGGCUAAUUUGCAUGUGUGAGUGAUGUUUUCCUGUUCAGCUCAAGUUCAUCUGACCAACCCAGAACCUUACCCCGAACAUGGUGGUUUCACUUCCUCUAAAAUAUGCCAGGAAUAGGUUACCUAUGCCCAUUACUUAAAACAACAUCAUGUAGCUUCUUCACUAUUAAGUAACAGCUUUUUAAGUCAUCAUGUAGUGCUAUAUGACUUUGUAUGUUUAGGUUUUGUCUUGCAGGAGAAAUUUCAAAGAAAUGUCCUGUAGUUGAUAAAUUCGACAGAUUAAAAACAAGACAGUGUCUCUAUGCAACAGGCUCAACAGAAAUACAUUUCAGGUUAAGUUUCAGGUUGAAAUAAACCACAAGAAGAUUGCAUUACACUGUACUUUUUCUUUGUAUUAAUUUGUACAAAUUACCAACCUUUUUCUUAAUAUCAUUAUUAAAAAAAAAACUUUUGGGCUGUGUUACAUGAGUCAAAAAGAGUGAAAGCCUCAAUCUUGUGCCUGACAAUCAGCGUAAGAUGUUAUGAUGUAAAAGAAUAGAUAACUGUCAAGAUAUCCAUCAUUGUUAGUCACACUGAAAUUGACAUUGAGUCAGUCAAUUGUCAAUUGUCAGUUGAUUCAGCAGUCGACACUAGUGUGGCCAGUCUGAGACAUGAGCAAAUCAUUCCAUAGUGCAGGACUGCUCUCACCUCACAUUAUCAAACCAUCAGGUUAUAGUCUCAGGUCGUCAUCUUCUGACCUGUCCCUCUUUUCUGUUUAAACAGCAGAAAGGAGGUUUCAUAAAAUCUACAUCUUGUGGCAGGCAUUGUUGCAUGUACAAGACAUCCUGUGUGAAAAUGUGGGUUUGUUGCACUGUGUGACUGUUUUCUGCUGAUUGUCAAGAUAUAUGUGAAAAUAUUUAUCAAAACAAGACAAUUAAACAAGCAACAAAACUGUGAGAAGAUCAGAUGGUCUUUGGUUCUAGUAUAUUUCCACCAGGAAAGGGCAGAGUUGUGUAAAUCAGGAUUUUUGUGAAGUCAGAAUAAUCCCCGUCCUAAAUCUCAGAACACAAAAUAAAGGCUGAGGCUAAAGGGGCUAAUGUGGGAGGAUUGCCCUGUCUAAGACUACAGACUGGUCAAAGAUUUAAGGGCAUAUCAGCAGAGACUAAAGACAGUCUUCAUAGGUUUAGACAAACUUGGAGAGGAAGAGGAGGAGAGGAGCUGUCACUGCUAGAUGCCUUUAGACCCACAUUUUUUGUUUUUCCUGAGGGCUGUAUGAAAAAAAUACUCUGGUUUAUUACUUCAGGUAAACAGAAAUUUAUGCAAAUGUUUUAAUUCAAACAAAAUGUUCUCUGUCUAUCUUGGCCUCGGUCACAUUUAGGUUGCUUUUGACACCUGUUUAAAACAUUCCUUAAGAACAGCACUUAAUUGCAUCCCAAGAUGUUUCUUAACCUUUCUGCGUUUUAUUAUUUAUUCACUUAUUUUGUAGGGUCAUAUUUUCAAGUCUGCUAAUGUAAUUAAGUUUAGGCAAACCAAAAACUCUCUCCCACUUUGACCCAGUUCUGGUUCAUGUGGUGUCAUACACACAGACUCUUAAGUGACAAGCCACACAAGACAUUUCAAGGAGCUGAAUUCAGACUCAGGAGAAAUAAAGUGAUGGAGGUGAUGAAGAAAGCAUUUUCAGAGUGCUGCAGUGACAGUUAAAAAGCAUAGUUAGAGGGAGGAGGGGAAUAUCAGAAUGAUGUGUAGCUGAGAUGUAGAGGUGUCAUCAUUCUGGCAACCGGAAGGCUGCGGUGCUAGAGCUGCGUGGUAACUUCCUGUUUGUCAGCAGCAUACAGGAAGUAAGAGGCCCCUAGAGGAUUGUUUGACUGUGUGUGUCUGUGUGUGCAUGACCUAAAAUGAAGUCUGAGCCUAAGUGGUGUGUGGAGGAACUGUGUUUUUUAAGCUUAAAUUUAAACAUCUUAAACAUCUUAACGUCUACGUGUAGAGCUGAGUAUACAAGAUGCAGAGGUUGUACCAAGUAAUUCAUCAGUCAGCUACUUUAACCGUCUGUCGCUGCUGUAGGCAAUAAUCAACAGAUCAAAGAGUCAAUACCACAAGACAGGGGGCUAGUUUGGCUGUGACAUGAAGCUGAAGGCUAAUUUUGUUUAGAAAAGCCACACGGCUUGAUGUAAAUUAAAUGUGAGUCUGAACACUGUGAUACGUUGCAAUGAAAUACUUAAGCUGUUUGCAUUGCCGAGUGCAGUUUUCAGUAUUCACUAGGAUGCUCAUUUCUCAGUAAUACAUUAUAACAGUCAACUAGUCAACUACUACUGUGGUGAAGCUUGUCAACUUUUGUGAAAUUUAUUAGUCAUGAAACCUUGACUUUAGCCCAUAUUUGUGGCUUAAUUUUGUGGUCUUUCACCUGACUUUACCUCAGUUAAUAAAACUGAUGCUAUAGAGCUCACACUAUAAACUUCUGGUUGUAGCUUGUUUCCUGUCAAGUAAAUGAGAGGGUGUUAUAAUUAUGUGGACGGGAAGUACUUACAUUUUCUGUCAGAUAUUAUUCUUCAGAAGGAGAACUGACGUGUCUGAUACUUCUCUCAUUUAUGCCUGAGUUGAGCGAGUGUUCAGCUUUCAACAGGGCUCAACACUUUGGUCCCUUCAAAGCAAAAACAGGUUUAAUAAUCUAUGAUUUUUGCUUGAAAUUAGAUAUAUUUUCUGUCUGCACUGAUGUUUUAGAGAAUAGGCUAUUAAAAAAUCUUAGUUUUGCAUGUUAAAAGUUUCUCUGUUGCAGUUCAGAUCUAGAUGGUGCUUGUUGCUGGUUUGUCGGUCUGUCUCUAUUUCUGUGAUAUGCACUGUUCAUAUACAAGUGUUAAAACAGAUCGGUGGUGUAACCUUAAGUUUACAUUUGUUUAUCUGUAUGUUUUCAUUCAACUUCUUUUUGUUGACUUAAACCAAAGAUUUGUCUUUGCUGAGUUUGCCUUGUGUUUGAGUCUCCUCCAUGUUGUUUCCAUGCUGCAGACUGGAUCAGGUGGUGUAAUGUGGUGUUUUUAGUUGAAUGUUUUUAAAGAGGCAUACAUAGUAGGAAAAUUAUUAAUACAUUAAAAAAAAGAUAACUGGCCAUAAUGUUGUUUUUUGUUAUUUUUCUAUUAGUUUCCCAGCCAUAGCUCCUGAAAUUGUUAUUUAUCUCGUCCACAAAUACACAUGCAUGGCUGUGAACAGUGCAGCUCUGACAGCUCAAGAUCAGUUCCUGUUUAGCUCAACAAAGAACAAAUAUUCUGUAUCUUUAUUGCUCUACCAGCCCUAAACACUGUACAAGCAGCAUGUUUUAGGGAACUUAAUGCUCAACUUCCGAUUAAAGUCAUAUUUAUUACAAAUGUGUCAUUUCCUACAAUGUCUCUUAUCAGUUAAUCGCUGUUGUUGCCUCAUGUUUCAUAAUGUUAGCAUACACUUUUGUUUUGAAUGUGAGUAUUGAAAGAGAACCACUUGUGUGUGAACUAAUGAGACCCCCACCACAUCCUGAUAAACCGAGUAACCAAGAGCUGCAUUAAAAACUCAUCUCCUGUUUUUCAGUUUUUCAGUCGCCUUAGCACAACUUUCAGGUUGCUAUUAGUGAGACAAUUUAGCAUGGGGGUUAGCAUUAAGCUGUGUUGGUUUCCACUCUAUAACAGCACUUGAUAACACACACAUGUGGUGCCAUGGGCCAAGAAUGUGUGAUGUGCCGUCAAAAAUGUGAGAACAAGAGAACUAAAAAUUGUUUCGCUAAUCAUUACUCUAACAACACAUUUGUUAUCUUUUAGCGUUUUAAGUGAAACAUGCUUAAUGAUUUACCAGUUGCUACACAGAUAAAAUUUCGAGUACCUCGUCUCCAGUUUGAGGAACCCCUCAGAGUGCAGAUUCAUUUCACAAUACAAUGUUUAUGCUUUUGUUUCGCUUAUUUCCAUAUGUCAUUAGUUUGUGUGCGUUCUCUGUCCUCCAGGGUGCGGUGCCCAGUGCAGACACAGUAAAGUGGAGAGAGGAAGAUGCCAGCUCCACCUCCCCCACCACCCCCAGGCCCCCCUCCUCCUACCACCUUUUCUGUUGUAAGUUAUUCUGUCCAUCUCUCUUUCUUCUGCCUCGUCUUCUUGAACCUUCUCUGCAGAGACAUCUUGUGGAUAAAUCCUGUCAUAACAUUAGUCUCUUAUUUCCUCUGCGUGAUCCUAACUUUUUCACACUUACUGCUGUGUAUCAUCUUUCAUUCACACUCUUUCUGUGUAAAUUGAUUUAACGUUUGGAUGUUAAUGUUUUGUGUGUGUUUAUGUGUGUGUUUUAAGGCCAACACAGAGAAGCCAAGUCUAAACCGCUCAGAGCAGCAGGGUAGGAAUGCUCUGUUGGGUGACAUUAGUAAAGGAGCCAGACUAAAGAAGGUUGUGACCAAUGAUCGCAGUGGACCUAUACUGGACAGUGAGUUAAGACUCUUAUAAUAUCACUUAUUUCUAUCAUCCUCAUGUUUAAUUCCUGCAGAGAGGAAACUAAGUUUGUAGUUGGGUAAGUCACUCUGACUCAGGCACAUAUUUCGCUAUUUUCUGUAGACAGGCAAAGGCCUACAGCAACUGUAAGUCACUUAAGCACACUUAAACUCAUGGUUAAGACUGUCUUUGAAACAAACAUCACUAAUUUACAAAAAAACCUAUAGAUAGAUUUCUUUUUUUUUUUUCAACACAAUAAAGUAAACUGAAAACAAAUGAAACCAAUGAGAAUAUUCAAAACAACAAUAACAAUAAUCAAAGCAAAAAAAUAAAAAUGAAAAUACUGAUAAUAAUAUUAAUGUGAACCCAACAUGUCCAAAAAGGAGUAGGAUGGAGCAUUAUGCCCUUUUAAACCUACCCUCUCUCCUCUACUUAAUAAAAAGUCAGUCUCCAACAUACUUACAUUAUAUUAACAAAAAAUAAAACAUAAAUGGAGUAAAAAAGUACAUAAAUCACUUAUGAAAACACCAGAUGGUUAAAGCCCUUUUUCCUCCCUGUACCUGGUGAAAACCAUGUUUUUGUACCGCUUUUUAAACUGGGUCAUGCUUGGACGUUGCUUGAGCUCCACACCUAAUCUGUUCCACAACCUUACUCCACAAAAAACAGAAACACGAAAACUUUUAAAUGUUGUACGUGCCCGCUGAUGCUUUGAGUUAAAGUCCCCCCUCAGGUGAUAGAUUGUUAAACUCUAGUUUGCGGCACCCCUUCACUCUAAUACCAGGAUCUAACUGAUGUACAAAUCUGUUUUAUCGAUGAAAUAUUUCCUGUACAAGAACGGUUAUUCAAAUUUGAAUUGUUGUUGUCUUUUUUUAUUUCAGAACCAAAAGGAGGAGGAGGCAUGGGUGGAGGAGGAGGAGGAGGAGGUGGUGGAGGAGGAGGAGGAGGUGGAGGUGGCGGAGGAGGUUUUGGUGGUGGGUCUGCUGCUGGUUUAGGAGGCCUGUUUGCAGGAGGGAUGCCAAGACUGAGGUCUGCAGCAAACAGAGACUCCACUGGUAAUAAAACAUAAAAGCUGACUCUUUAAGUGUCUGAGUGUUUGAGUGGUAACGUCUCCGCCCUGUGUGUAAGCUGGGACUGGCUCUAUCUGCCUCCUGUGAGAAGAUGCGUGUUUUGUUAAUAGAUGGACAGGAGGAUGGAUAAUGAUGGAAUUAAAAUAAAACAUAAAGUACUUCCUCUAGCUUCUCCUCCCACAUACUCAAUUUUACCUUUGCCGUUUCUCCUCUCCAGACUCAGCACCCAGCAGAGGACCUAUGCUCCCCCCAGGGGGUCGAUCUUCUGGACCAACUCCAUUUGGUGGAGGCAGUAGUGGAGGUCCACCCAGACUUCCAGGGGCCCCUGCUGGUGCCCGUAACAAUGCACCUGAUCUUCCAAAAGGCAGACCGAGUUUCGCAUCCAGACAAGAUACUCCAGGAGGCCCACCUCCCCCUGUACCCAACACACCUCGACCAAACCAGAGCUUCCAGUCUCGUGGCGGCCCACCUCCCCCUUCACUCCCUGGAGGACCUAGGCCCAGCCCUGCUUCUGGACCGCCACCUCCAGGUCUUCCAUCAGGGAGGCAUGGACCUCUACCUCCUCCUCCUCCAGGAGGCCCCUCAGCUGGAUCAAAACCAGGAUUUUCCUCAGGAUUUCCUCCUCCUCCACCCCCAAACAGCUGCCGACCUUCAUUGCCACCUGCUCCUGGAGGAAGACCUCCACUUCCUGACGACAGACCUCCACCUCCACCUGCCCCUGCUGGAGGUCAUAGACCGUCUAUGCCCCGUGACUUUCCCCCACCUCCUCCCUCUGUCAACUCCAAGCCUUCUCCCUCAGCCUCUGCCUCCCCUGUCUCUCGCCCGACAACUGGUGGAGGUGCACCUCCUCUCCCUCCAGGAAGGCCGGGCCCCCCUCCUCUCCCACCCUCUCCAGCUGUAGGGGAUGACCACAGCACCCCUCGUCUGCCCCACAGGAACAGCUCACUUAAUAGGUAAGGUGAAUCUGCGAGAAGAUUUUCCUACCUGCCAUGAGACGGAUGACUGAAUCUGCUGCAGUGAUAGAGACGGAGUUUGCAUAGAUUCAAAUCUAAUAGCUGCUCUGUGUUGCUGUAGUUCACACAACAUUGAAAAACUUCUUAUGUAGCUUCCCGCUUAUAAGUACCACUUGGCUUUGUAUUCAGAUUAACAUUAAUUAUGUAAGCAGGAAUAAUUUUGUCUUCAUAGAUGUAGUGAAAACCUAAGUUUGCAAAUGUUCUUCCCAGACAAUGUCCAUUGUCGGACUGUUUUUAUUUAGUAUUUUGCUUGUCUUCUGACCACUCCAGGCACUUUUACAUUACAUGUAGAUUCUACCCCUGCACUCACAUUCAUGCACUUAUAGAAGAGGAUGUCAAUAAGUCUCAUCUUAUGUCUGUCUUACGUACAUGCUGCUGGCUAUGCGGCUAUUGAGAAGGUUGUGGUUUGAUAUCUUGACUAAGGGCACUUCUACAUGUGGACCACUGAGGCUGGAAUCUUUGACCUCUGAGCGUCAGAGACAAACGACCGCAGCCACCUCUCUAUAUUUCACAGACAUUAUCUAAUUUAUACUUUCUAAAGACUAAAACUAUGUUUCUCCUUUCCAGCCAUGCUCCAUCUCCACCUCACAGUCGGGGAGGACCUCUCCCUCCUCCGCCAAACGAGAGACCACCAUCUCUUGGAAGAAAUCAGUCCUCAACACGCACAGGUGAGAUUUGCUGAUUGUUGAAUCAACGCUUUUUCAAAAUUGCUUUGUCUCUGUCUUUAUCUUAUACAGAGAAUCACUUUUGUCUUCAUCUGAUAACAUGUUUGUUUUUAUUCCUUCCUCCAAAGGGCCACUUCCUCCCCCUCCACCUUCAGGUCGGAGUAUGGGUGGGGGCAGUGUGAGGUCAUCACCAGCUCCUUCUCCAAUUGGUCGACCUGGUCCUGAGCCCCCACGCGGUGGACCUGGUGGUAGACCUCCUCUUCCUCCAGACAGACCAGGGGCAGGAGGGCCCCCUCCUCCUCCUCCACCCAUGGGUAAUGGCUUCCAAAACUCUCAUCACAACCAGAUACAGGGUGAGUAAAUCUGUGGGGGUGAUAGUUUGGUUUAUUCAAGUACUGAUCUGUGGAUUGUAGUGGAAUGGAUUACAAUGUAAUCUAUGUGACAGAAAAAAAACCAUUUUAUACUGUUUCUCUAAUAACAAGAAAGAAAUAGACUGUCAAAGACUGCUACCAUACAGUAUAUUUAAGGAUAAUAAAAGGCCUUACAUGAUGUAAAUCAGACGUCUGAUGUAUUAACCCAAGUGUGUGUAAACUGGGGGAAGACUGAUAAUCCCACUGCCCUCAGUGUUGAUUUUACCACGAGUUCAGAUCUGCUCGGCUCUGGCAGAGAAACCUGCUGACCUGCUUGCUGUUUUGUUUUGUAUUCCACUGAACCAAAGUUUGAAGGGAAAGCAGUGAUAACAAGAUUUGACAAGAGAUCCUGAAUAACCUGCUCAAGGAAGUUUUUUAUUGCACAUCUUGAGGACACAAUAUUUUGAGAUUGUGAUUUGAUUUUAAGUAAAAAAUAAAUAAUAGAUAAAAACCUCCCUAUUUAGUGUCCAAUUGUUAUGGAACUCAUUAAAAUUCAUUAAGGCAUAAAAUUUUAAAUUUAUUUGGUUAAAACUGUUCAUCAAAAUUGGAUGAAAUAAGACAUCAUGUGUCCUAUUUUAUUACAUUUUAUGCGAAUGUGGUUAUUAUUUUUUUGGUUUGUUUUUCCAAGGACAGUGUGACAGAUAGUUACUGUAUUAAGAGAAGCCUAAAAACUGUUUUUCAUCUUUAUCUGUAGUCAGGUAAAACAAAAACAUUUAAAAAACACUUUCCUCCUUUCAUAAUGUCUUACAUGAAUAUGUGCUUUAGUGCUUGCACCAUGGGAGUUUUGUUUGCCUGACUAAGAUCCACUGACCCUUACUUUUUUCUUUUUCAAUCAACAGAUGACUGGGAAUGUCGCUUCAAUUUCCAUCCAGUGUCUGACUUUCCUCCACCUGAGCCUUACAUCCCCUCCCAGAAAACCUACCCCAGCAAGCUUGCCAAGAGUGAUGGCAACAAGGGUCAGUCUUCACUUUCUCUUAAAUUUUCAAGUUUAUGAGGUUAACAAUAUUUUUAAUGUAAGCGUAACUAUAACAUAAUAAGCAUUAAAGCUGUUAGUAUACAAAUUGAUCAUUAUAUCGUGCUGAUAAAGUUUAAAGGAGCUACAACUUUGAUGCCUGCUGGUAUACAUACACAUGUAAAACCUGUCUAAACACUGGCUAAAAAAGAGAACUUGUUUGAUAAAAAGUAAUUUAACUUACAUUGUCAGACAUUUUACUUCUGCUCUGCUUCGUUUUAAUCAAAUUUGAAUAAAAAGAAAAUUUGGAUAAAUUCCUGUGAGCAGACAUUCAUUAAUUUUAAAGAUAUGUUGUCAGAUAAAGAAGUAAACUUUGUAAAGUCAGAGGUAAAUGCGGCUAAAUUUCAGAUGAACUGAGAAACAGUGCCAUCUAGUGGAGGAAGCCUCUUGUUGAAACUUCAGUAAAAAUCCUACAAUUUCGGUCUCUGUUUCUUUCCAGGUCCUGGUAAAAAGGAGAGAGGAGCUCCUCCUCUUCCUCCAAUACCGAGGUGAGGAAUCGACCCCAUCAAGUGCCCCCCCUGGAGUCUCUGUCUACUUCCCAAACCUGUCUCCUUCUUCCUGUUUCUCAGUCGUGCUUGUUGUGCUUUUACCCGUGGCAAGUGGUUCAUCUAUUGACUGCAAUUUUACCGUGGACCUUAAGGAUAACCCGACCAAUGAAAAGGCCAAAUUCACAUUUCCGUGCAUCUUUAACAGCAUUUAACGAUGACGGCUAAGUUUUGUUGCGGUACAUUGUGUUCAGAUGAAGAUCAUGUUUCUUUGUGCGUAAAGCAGAAGUGUUCUUUUCAGGUUUACAUCCACGAUUUCCCUGUGAGGCUGCUCACUUACAAAACAACAGUAUUUUUGAUGAACCUUCAUCCAUAUUGGACUUUAUUCAAUCAAACAGCUUUAUGCUUCGAUACCUUCUGCUAGAAUUGCUUACAAGAUUUUAGGUCUUGCCGAACAGCUGCACUUUAAGCAUAAAGCAAACUGUUUCAACAUAUUUACCAGCAUUUUAAAGUCUGUUUACAUAGUACCAACAUAUAUUAUGUAAAGUGUAAUCAAUACUUUUUAGCAAUAUCAUGUCCCAGGGUCACAAUGCAAGGCUUGAAAUGUCAGCUUGCACAAGAGAGUUUACAAGCUGUUUGUCUGUUUUAGUACACAACGUUUUACUUGUGCCUUUUUCUAUUCAGGAUUGCAAUUUCAGGCUGCUUAAAAGAGUUGUAGGACGUAUUUUUAAGUGCCUUAAAUUAUGUUUGAAUGCUUUUUCAGCUGGGUUGGAUCACUUCUUCUGAAUUUGAUGUAAAAUAAUACUGCAGCUUUAUUGUCUUUAUCAUUUUAAUAGACAGAUAUGGAACCAAACAAAAGAAAAAAUGGCCAAAAACCUCCUGCCUCUGCUGCUUUAUCAGGUUCAAUGCAGGUAUUAAAUUUGCCAAAGCCACGUGUGCCUUUGAAGUAUGGAUAUUUUCAUCUGUACGUUUAUUUUGUAACCACUCAACGGUACUUUCAUAUGAUUGUAAAAUGUGCAUUUUAAUUUUCUGAAUGAGAGGUUUUAAAGGACAUUGUAUGGUGUUAUGGAAGUAUUGGUUUACAAUAGAACUGAUUCUUAUUUUGCUGUUUUGUUAAAAGCUGUCUUGACAUGCUAUGAAGGACCCAUGUAUGUAUCUGUUGAUUAGUUCAAGUGAUACUAAAGGACUUUAAGUUAUGUGAAUGAACUGUGCAGUAUUAUGACUUUUUUUUUUUUAAAUGCUUUUCCCAGCACUGCUAUGAAUAGUCUUGUAUACAUGAUGUGUUAAGUGCUGGUCGAAGAAACAUGAUUUUAAAGACAAUCAUCAAAUAAACUUUGUUUGCAUAAAUAAACGAUUAAAGGGCUUCAAGAUGUAUGUGCCCUCCGGGGCUGAAAAGUUAUCAGACAAAGGAGCUAAAUGUCCAAAGGCAGUGAUUUAUUAUGCAACCAUUAUCAUGCUAACAAUAUGCAAUGUUUGUGCAAUAAAGCUGGACAAUACAUUGAAAUCACA